UUUUUUUAGUUUGCUUUUUCUCCUUUAUCUGGUCUUCAUGUGUUGUGCUGGUUAGACGUUGCCGUGCAAGAAAAAGUGUAUUUUGUUAAAAAUUAAUAAAAAUUGAAUGAAAAUGACUUUAAAAAUUGUAGUAAAUAAAUUGAAAUAAAAUUAUUAAUAAUAGAUACUAUAAAAUAAAAUCAAAGUAGUUACAAACAUAAGAAAUGCCGCAAAAUUCUAGAUAAAGAUAAAGAUAGUGAACGAAAAUUAAUUAAAGCUGCAAUAUUCCUAAAGUCUUUGCAUAAAAACAGAGUAAAGGUUUUCGAUGCCGAAAUAAAUCAGAAUGGCUUACGAGCCAGUAACUUCAAUAUUGCUUAACACAAAGAAACUUACAAAUUUAACGUCUAGAGAAAUAAACAAAGAUGAACAUCUAAAUACAUUUUUCUUGUUGUAUGUAUCGACGUUACUUGAAGAACGAUCAUGUAAAGCAAUAACAAUAACGUCGUCGACAACAUCAUCAACGUUUAAACGUUCGCCACUCAAUUGCAGUCGAGUAUUGUUGACAUAUUUGGUGUUAAUCAGUUGUUGUGUUGGCGUCGGUACGUCGUUAAGAAAUGUGCAUGCUGCCCUAACCUAUAGUACAUCGUCUUCUUCCUUCAUUAAUACGCCUGCCACGCUAUUAUUUACCACAUAUCAUGACAUACAGGUGGCGAACAUUACAAAACCAACCGGAGGCCCUCAAAUUGAGGUGCUCGUUAAAGAUCUCACCGAAACCAUGGCCAUUGAUUUCUAUUAUGCCAAAAAUUUGGUAUGCUGGACAGAUUGUGGUCGUGAAAUUAUAGAAUGCGUUAACGUCAAUACGACGGGGCCGAUUUUGAAGGCGCCCAAACAAACUGUGAUAUCAUCGGGCUUAGAUAAGCCCGAGGGUUUAGUGAUAGAUUGGUUUACGGACAAAAUCUAUUGGACUGAUGGCGAGAAAAAUCGCAUAGAAGUGGCUACGCUGAACGGUAAAUACAAGAAAGUUCUCUUUUGGACAGAUUUGGAUCAGCCUAGAGCCAUUGCUUUAGUGCCAUCCAAACGAUUUUUAAUUUGGACCGAUUGGGGUGAAUACCCAAAAAUAGAGCGUGCAAGUAUGGACGGUGAUCCUUCAACACGCAUAACUUUAGUCAAGGACGACGUUUUUUGGCCGAAUGGUCUAACUGUGGAUUUGAAAAAUGAAUUAAUUUAUUGGACUGAUGGUCAUUUGAGAUUUAUCGAUGUGAUGAAGUUAGAUGGUAGCAAUCGCCGCGCGGUAGUGAAAAAUCUUAAAUAUCCUUACAGUGUAACGUACUUUGAGAGUCGUCUAUAUUGGACGGAUUGGUCACAAGGCUCAUUAAAUGCUUUCGAUUUAAAAACGAGGGAAAUGAAAGAACUCAUAGAUACACCGGAGGCUCCAAACUCGGUAAGAACGUGGGAUCCUUCCUUGCAGCCUUAUGAAGACAAUCCCUGUGCUCACAACAAUGGCAAUUGUUCCCAUUUGUGCCUCCUAGCUACAAACAGCCAAGGAUACAGCUGUGCAUGUCCUACAGGAGUUAAACUGAUUUCGUCUAAUACUUGUGCAAACGGUUCCCAGGAGAUGUUAUUUAUUGUGCAAAAAGGAGAAAUUAGUAAGAUAUCAUUAGAUUCACCUGAUUUUACCAUAUUUCCACUACCAAUGGGAAGAGUUAGAUACGCCAUUGCCAUUGAUUAUGACCCCGUAGAGGAAUACAUCUAUUGGUCUGACGUGGAAGCGUUUGCAAUUAAAAAAGCACAUCCUGAUGGUACAGGCCUGACGGAUUUUGUUACCUCUGAAGUCAAACACGCCGAUGGCUUGGCCGUUGAUUGGUUAGCUCGAAAUUUAUACUGGACUGACACAGAUACAGAUCGUAUAGAAGUAAGUCGUCUCGAUGGCUCAGCCCGCAAGGUGUUGAUUUAUGAACAUCUAGAAGAACCUAGAGCUAUUGCUUUAGCUCCAACAUUAGGUUGGAUGUUUUGGAGCGACUGGAAUGAAAAAAAACCGAAAGUGGAGCGCGCAUCUUUAGACGGAUCGGAGCGUGUUGUGCUAGUAUCGGAAGAUCUUUUGUGGCCCAACGGUAUUGCUCUAGAUAUAGAAGCUAAAACUAUUUAUUGGUGUGAUGGGAAAACUGAUAAAAUUGAAGCUGCUAAUAUGGACGGAUCUGAUCGCAGAGUCGUAAUAAGUGAUAACCUAAAACACCUUUUCGGCUUAAGUCUGCUUGACGAUUAUCUCUAUUGGACCGAUUGGCAAAGACGCUCAAUAGAUCGCGCUCACAAGAUAACUGGCAGUAAUCGCACGGUGGUUGUCGACCAGUAUCCCGAUUUGAUGGGCUUGAAGGUAACACGUUUGCGAGAAGUGAAAGGCACCAACGCUUGUGCCAUACGUAAUGGUGGCUGUUCUCAUCUGUGUUUAAAUCGUCCUAGUGAUUACGUAUGUCGUUGCUCCAUCGAAUACGAGUUAGCUAACGAUAAGAAAACGUGUGUUAUACCUGAUGCCUAUCUUCUUUUUUCAAAGCAAGAGUAUAUUGGCCGCAUUUCAAUCGAAAACAAUGAAGGCAACCAUAACGAUGAAAAGAUACCAUUUAAAGAUGUGCGGUAUGCUCAUGCAUUAGACGUAGAUGUAACCGAUAAAAGACUUUAUUGGACCGAUCAAAAAUCGAAGUGUAUAUUUCGAGCCUUUCUUAAUGGUUCCUACGUGCAGCGUAUUGUAGACGCCGGUAUUAUUAGACCUGAAGGUAUAGCAGUAGACUGGCUCGGGCACAAUAUUUAUUGGACUGAUUCUGAAGCGCGUCGAAUAGAAGUUGCCAGAUUUGAUGGGAGCAGUCGUAGAGUCUUAAUAUGGAAGGGCGUUGAAGAGCCCCGCUCUUUAGUUCUAGAGCCGCGAAAGGGUUAUAUGUACUGGACAGAGUCCCCGUCCGACUCUAUAAGACGAGCCGCAAUGGAUGGUUCUGAAUUACAAACAAUCAUCUCUCAAGCUAAUCAUGCCACUGGUUUGACCUUGGAUCCCGAAACCAGACGAUUAUAUUGGGCUACACAAUCCCGUCCUACUAAGAUCGAAUCAGCUGAUUGGGACGGUAAGAAACGUCAGGUUUUAGUGAGCACCGAUGUUGAUGAACCCUACGCAGUGUCGUUGUAUCAAGACUACGUUUACUGGAGUGACUGGAAUACCGGAGACAUUGAAAGAGUGCAUAAACUAAGUGGGCAGAACAGAAGCCUGGUGCAUAGUGGAAUGACUUAUAUUAGCUCGUUGUUAGUCUAUUAUAAUCAAAGGCAAGCAGGUUCGAAUCCUUGUAAAGUGAACAACGGGGGAUGCUCCCACCUGUGUCUGGCUCUGCCAAAUAGAAGAGGAAUGAUUUGUGCUUGUCCCACUCACUUUAUAUUAGCUAAAGAUAACGUAUCAUGUAUACCGCCGAAGAAUUACAUUAUAUUCAGUCAACGGAACAGUUUUGGACGUCUGCUGCCCAACACCACUGACUGUCCCAAUGUCCCACUACCGGUAAUGGGAAAAAAUAUAAGAGCGGUGGAAUAUGAUCCCAUAACACAUUUUGUUUAUUGGGUGGAAGGUCGAAGCCAUAGCAUUAAACGGUCCUUGAUAAAUGGCACCAGGCCUUUAGUUCUCGUUGGUUCUGGCUCACAACCUUUUGACAUAGCUAUAGAUGUUAUAGGACGUCUGUUGUUUUGGACCUGCUCUCAUUCGAACAGCAUUAACAUUACAAGUUUUAACGGUGAUUCCGUCGGCGUUAUUGACAGUGGAGAUUCCGAAAAACCGCGCAAUAUAGCCGUUCACUCGAUGAAGCGUUUACUUUUUUGGACUGAUGUUGGUAGCCAGCAAGCAAUUGUGCGAGCUCGUGUCGAUGGAGCCGAACGUGUUGUAUUGGCUUUCAAGUUAGAAGGUGUCACCGCCUUGGCUGUGGACCAACAAAGUGAUAUGAUUUAUUACGCUCAUGGCAAGCGGAUCGAUUCUAUGGAUAUAAAUGGCAAAAACAAAAAAAUCUUGGUAUCUUCGCAUAUCUCGCAAGUCAUGUCUAUAGCCGCCUUGCAAGGUUUUGUUUAUUGGUUGGACGAUAAGACAGGCGUAGAACGCAUUACAAUGAUAGGCGAAAGUCGUAAACCAGAAAUGCAGCGCAUGCCACAAAUAACCGAUAUUGUAGCUGUUUGGACGCCCGAAUCAAAACUUUUUCGUAACCACACCUGCUUACACAGUCGGACAAAAUGCUCGCACAUUUGCAUAGCUACAGCCGAAGGUAGAACUCGAGAAAUAUGUUCCUGUCCCAAAAAUUUGAUGCUUCUCGAAGAUGAACUAAAUUGUGGAGCUUUGCCGGCUUGUGGACCGGAUCACUUCACAUGUGCGGCGCCGAUGAGCGGAAACGGUGCAAAUAAUGAUAUGAAUAAAGAUUGUAUACCUGCUUCGUGGCGUUGCGAUGGACAAAAUGAUUGCCCAGAUAAAUCCGAUGAGGUUGGUUGUCCUUCAUGUCGACCCGAUCAAUUUAGUUGCCAGUCGGGUGAAUGCAUUGAUAAAACAUUAGUCUGUGACGGUACUACUAAUUGCGCCAACGGUCACGAUGAGGCAGAUUGCUGCAAACGACCAGGGGAAUUUCAGUGUCCCAUUAAUAAGCUUUGCAUAUCGGCGGCUCUGCUAUGCGAUGGUUGGGAUCACUGUGCCGAUGGUGCCGACGAGUCAGCUGAAAUUUGUUCGCAAGCCAUUACAAGACGUAUGGCUCCGUCCUCUGAUAAAAAAGCUUUUAUGAUUUUGAUUGUAGCCACUAUGAUUACUAUAUUUUCUAUUGUGUAUUUGUUGCAAUUCUGUCGCACACGUAUUGGCAAAAAUCGUAACGAACCAAAAGAUGACCAAGCCUCGGAUCCCUUAUCUCCUUCAACGCUCAGCAAGUCUCAAAGGGUGUCAAAAAUAGCUUCGGUAGCAGAUGCAGUACGAAUGUCUACCUUGAACUCGCGGGCAAGUAUGAGUUCUUAUGAUCGAAAUCAUAUAACCGGAGCUUCUAGUUCUACUACUAAUGGUUCAAGCAUGGUAGCGUAUCCUAUCAAUCCACCGCCAUCGCCGGCAACUCGCUCCAGACGACCGUACCGUCAUUACAAAAUCAUAAAUCAACCGCCACCACCUACGCCCUGUUCGACAGACAUAUGCGACGAAUCCGACUCAAAUUAUACUAGCAAAUCUAAUAGUAAUAAUAGUAACGGAGCUACCAAAUUGUCAUCGUCAUCGGCGAACGCUAACUCUUGUUUACAGUACGCUUACGAUAGCGAGCCCUACCCUCCACCGCCUACACCCCGAUCACAUUAUCACAGUGACGUUCGAAUACUGCCGGAAUCGUCGUGCCCGCCAUCGCCUAGUUCUCGGUCUUCAACGUAUUUUUCACCCCUUCCACCGCCACCAUCACCCGUGCAAUCACCUAGUCGUGGUUUUACGUAACAUUACGAGAUUUUUAUGUAAAUUUUUUUCUGCUAAAACGGGAGGAAUCGAAAAUCAUAUCUACGCCAUAAAACGAGAGACGUUACAUUUAUUUUUUUAAAGUUAGAUAAUAAAUUCAAAAAAAGAUAUCGCAAACGAAAGGAAAAAGUUAUGCUUCCAAAAUUUUCUUAAGAUAUAUAAUGUAACUACCUAAUCUUUUUAUGUAUAUAAUCUAUCCGAAAAAUUUUUUCUUUCAUUUACAUGAUAGAAGCAAUCACUAUGAAAGCUUUUUAUAAGGGAAGACCCAAAGAAGGCACUAUUUACAGAUAAGGCUAUUGACAAUUUUGAAUCUUUCAUUUACUAUAAUUUUGAACACAUAAUCAUGUACUUUACAUAUCAAGACAUACCAUUAAUACAUUUGGUGUAAUCUCUUCUAAGUUUUUCUAAAUACGUAUACCUCGACAAUUUCAACAAAACCGUUUGAGCUAGUGGGUCCUUCCGUGAAUUAAACAAGCCUUUAUUUCCUAAUUGAAUUGCAAGGAAUUUACAAAAAAAAAAAAAAAAAAACAAAUACUAUAAUUCUUUAACAAUUUGGCAUCAAUUAAUUUUAUAUCGGAUUGAAAUAAGUUCCUAAAAAGUAUAUUCAAUUUUACACGAUUG